GAGAAAUUUGAUCAGCUAACUGAAGAUUACUUGGCAGCUGACGGAAAUGGUCGUCGUAAAAAAUCUUUGAUAACACAAGAAGUAGCAAAUAUGAUAAUCUCCGUGUUAAAUAAUCCAGAAACGACUGAAUUCGAUGCACAGUUCCGACAUUGGGCACGCAGAAAAUUCUUAACAAGAAUAAUUCGCGACAAUAUAAAACUUAUUAAUUCGAAAAAUAAGAAACCUGUCUGCAUUAAAGAAGAGCUUUAUGAUGUUAUAGGAAAUACUCACCAUGAGCUUCAACAUGCAGGAUAUAAGAAGACAUUUGAAGCUAUAUCAGAUCAAUAUAGUCAUGUUCCACGGGAACUCGUUGGUUUGUUUGUAAGUGUUUGUACUACAUGCACUGGCCGACGCAGAAUGUUGCCACCAGUUUCGUCCAAACCAAUUAUUAGCAAAAGCUUGUUGUUGCGUGUUCAA